AUGAAGCACGGAGAGUUGCAUCAGAUGAGCCCGCCGCCGACUCUCACGCCGCCGCAGGAUCCCUCCGGUUUCAACGACGAAGAGCAAGAGGACAAGCCGCCGCUCAUUCAGCCGAUCGGGCGGUCGCUUCCCGAUGAGGACAAAACGUAUAUCUAUCAGAUUCUUUAUCCGGUGAGCUCAUUUUAAAAGUACUUUUUGCAAUGUUUGUUUCUGAAAAUGCCGACUAGAGUGUAGCCGUCGUAAAUCGUUUUUUUAAAUUGCUACGCUGCAUGGAAAAAGUAUUUGGCUCAAAAAAACGCAAAAAAUUUUCAGCACUCGCAAACAUCAGAAUCCAGCUACGCUCGUCCGGUGACUCCGCUUCAAAUUUCGCCACCCGAAGGCAAUGCGACGUCGCCGACAGUACCAGUUUCGUGCGGACAAGCCCACGGAAAGAUGCAUCUGCACAUGUUCUUGUGUCCGGGAAUCCAUCAGCCGUGCAUCGAAAUCGGAAGUGAGUUCUUUCCGCAAAAAGUUCUAAACUGAAAAGAAAAUGAAAGUUUCAGACGAACUGCUUUCGCCGAAACAAUUUACAAUCCGUGGUGAUAAGGAGCGACAGAAGGACUGGAAGGCUAGCAUUCGCAUAGGAAGAUCUUCGUUGAGGUGAGAGCUGUUCUCGUUUGGCCCUCCCGGCCGGCCAAAAAACCGUUACAGGGCCGAUUAAAAACGUGGAAAAUAUGUUCUUCUCGCGUGACAUUCCAACAGCAUAUUCAGUUCUCCUUUUCCAGAACCCACAUGGAAGCCUCGACGAUCGACUUCUUCGACCACGAAAAUCGGUGCAGCGGAAAGUGUCAGAGCCGCAACUAUGUUAAUGCUCCGACCGAACGCGAGGAGGUUGCUCAGUCGCGGAAAGCGAAGCGCAAUGCUGACGUCAGCUUUUUGAAGAACGAGAUUGAGUGCGAGAUCACCGGGAAGGAGCUGGAAGAGAAGAAGAGUGAGCAGAGAUUCGGAAGAUCCACUGGAAGCCAUCCAGUUUCAGACGGAAAGAAAACGCGCGGACGUCCACGUGGAAGUGUGAACAAGCCGAGGCCUCCGAACAAAGAACAGCAGGACGAGACCUUCUUCGAGGAGUUCUUUACCGACGAACCGUUAGUCGACGCGCAGUUGCCAUCACAAGAGUUUCAUCCUGCAGUCGUUGCGCCGCCGGAUCGCUUCCAAAAUGGAUGCUCGUCGUCUGCGGACAUCGUUAAUUGCCUUCAGAAUGGUAAGAGCUUUGCACUUGCGCUGAAAACUCAUGGAAAGUCAGAUUUCGUUGCAGAUCCUGUUAAUUUCUGGUCGCAAAUGCAACAUGCCGGUGUGAUCAGCCACUUCUGCGACGACAUAAUUGUCAGCGCCAUCAACCUGAAGCAAUCUGCCAUCGAGAAUCAGCUCACUCCAACUGGUAGGUAUUCCGAAUCGAAGAAUUCACAUAAUUUUCGUAUUUUCCAGUCGCCAACACUCUCACCCGUGCCGUUUUUGCCCUCGGAGUUCAAAACGUCGUUGUUCAUCGCGUCCAAUCGAUCGAGCGGAGCGUCCAUCAGCAGCGCAAGCACGAAGAGAUGUUCGUAGAAAUCCACUCGAAAGUUCAAGAGGAGCAGCGUCAAAAGCAUCCGGAAGAUCUGACUACCACCGGCGGAAGCAUUGAAUCGGUGCACACGGCUCUCGAGAUCCAGGAUUCCGACGAGCUCAUCGACGUGGUCAAGUACGAGGAUUUCCCACCGGAAAUGAGUUCCAUGUCUUACCAUCAACCCGGCCCCAGCAAUGGUUUAUAA